CACUCUCCAUUCACUAUCCUGUCCCGGGGAAUCCACGGCUAUGUGUGGCAGGCUGGGGUGUCCCGCGUUCCUCCACUCCUCACGACCAUGAACCUCCCGGGCUAUCACUCAGAUAACCCCCACGCCACGGUCCUGCACCCUGCCGGCUACACGCAGGAUCUGCCGGGUCAGGACGGCCCGUCAACAUCAGUGGAGCUGAAGGCAGACCCAGACGUUCGUCCAGAGCAGGAGGAGGCCUGUCCGGUGUGUGGAGAUCGAGUGUCAGGAUAUCAUUAUGGGUUGCUGACCUGUGAGAGCUGCAAGGGCUUCUUUAAACGCUCUGUUCAGAAUAAUAAGCGCUACACCUGUGCUGAGAGACAGAGCUGCCCUAUGGAUCCGGCACAGAGGAAGAGGUGCCCCUACUGCCGCUUUCAAAAGUGCCUGGCUGUGGGCAUGAAGAGAGAAGCUGUGCGGGCGGACCGAAUGCGAGGGGGACGCAACAAAUUCGGACCCCUGUAUCGUCGGGACAGGCAGCUGAAGCAGCAGCGAGGGGUCUUCCACCAGGUCAGUGCUGCCCACUACAGAGUAAAGCUAGAAGGAUCACAAGAGCCUUUACCAACUGGAUCACAUGACUUUCACCUGCUACCCGGCACUUACCCAGCCGCCCUCGACCCCUUCAACCAGUCCCAGCCCGGAGUCGUCCCCCCCGAGCUCCCGGUGGUGCUGGACUGCAGCCUGGCCAGAGACAGAGCCCUGGCCGCUCCAGGCCUCCCCUACAGCGGACUCUACCACCCCGGCUUCCACGGUUUCCCUCACGAGAAAAGAGAAAUGGCUUUCAGCUACAGUCCUGUCUCCGUAUCGCCCCCAAUCCCGAGCGGAUCACACCCCCACACCUCACCUGUCCUCUCAACACCUUCCACACACACGCCAACAACACCCACGCAUAUUCCCACUCCCACGCUGACCUCUGACCCCUCGGUGACCCGCGCAUGCUUCCUGAGCGAGCUGCUGCAGGGCGAGCCGGACGAGUCGCAGGUCAGCGCGCGGGUGGUGGCCAGUCUGCGGAGGGAGCAGGCCAGCCGCGGGAAACACGACUGCCUCAACACCUUCAGCAUCAUGUGCAAGAUGGCCGACCAGACGCUCUUCGGGCUGGUGGAGUGGGCCCGCAACUGCGCCCUGUUUAAAGAGCUUAAGGUGGAGGAUCAGAUGGUGUUGCUGCAGAGCUGCUGGAGUGAGCUGCUGGUCCUGGAUCACCUGUACAGACAGGUGGCUUAUGGGAAAGACGGCAGCGUCUACCUGGUUACUGGACAACAGAUUGAGGUGUCAACUGUGCUUUCCCAGGCUGGACCGACACUUAGCAGUCUGGUCUCCAGAGCACAAGAUCUGGUGUCGAAGCUCAGAGCUCUUCAGCUGGACCGGCAGGAGUUUGUUUGCCUCAAGUACCUCGUUCUCUUCAACCCAGAUGUGAAGUCAGUGCAGGACCGGCAGCAGGUGGAGCGCACGCAGGAACGUGUGAACAGAGCACUUAUGGGACAUACUCUCCAGAGUUACCCCGGUCAGUCGGACAAGUUCGGCCAGCUGCUGCUCCGGCUGCCCGAAGUGCGCAGCAUCAGCCUGCAGGUGGAGGAGUACCUGUAUCAGCGCCACCUGCUGGGAGACCUGCCCUGCAACUCGCUGCUCACAGAAAUGCUGCACGCCAAACACACCUGACAAUUUUUUUUUUCUUAUUUUCUUCCAAUUUAUCUGAGCCAAUUGUCCCACCCUUUCAGCUGCUACUCCGCUGUAUAUCCCCCAUUAGAGGUGAUAGGUACAACGACACAAGGAAGGUGAAGACUACUAGUACAUGCCUCCUCCCAUACAUGUGAACUCACUACUGUCUCUUUUUGAACUGCUGCUGCUGAUGCAGCUUUUCCGAGUAGCAUCACAGUAGCGUUCUCGGAGGAAUACACAGCGACUCGUGCUGAUCAACAUCACCCUAGAAGUGAUGAGGGGAAAGAGCACAAUCUACACUACCCACCCAAAGAGAGCAAGGAAAAUUGUGCUCUCUCAGGGCUCCGGCAGCGGAUGGCAAGCUGCAUGACUGAUAUUCAAAACCAGCGCUCUCUCAGUCAUAGUGGGAUCGCUUUAGACUGUUAAACAUGACAUUUACAGGCAUUUCGUAACCUGGUCGAACAUUUUGUCUUAUCACUGUUUAAAGGGAAAUUCCUCUACGUCUGUAAAAUGACUGCAUAGCAAAAUUAUAUAAAUUAAAAGGUGCCAUUGAAUAA